UAUGUUCCGGUUCGCGCAAAACCUGACACUCGACAACCAUCAGCCUCGCCUCGGCAGCCAGCACCCAAAAACCAUCUAUCCAUCCCUCAACCAUCUUCCCUCUUUCUCACAACGCACCAAACCUUCAUCCAUCCCACCCACAAAAUGAAUUUCGGGGUCCUCGAAAUCGCGCCUUCAAAAGCCGCUCCCGCCCCAGGCUGGGCAUACGUCCCAGAUAUUUCCAGCACGCCACAAAUCGGCUUACAGCCUUCGUCGCGUCGCGCGCGCGGUCCCAAUAGUGCGGGUGCGGGCGCCUUGAAUGCGCAUGAGACGACGAAGAAACAGGAUGCGAAGAUUUUGAGGGAGUUGCAGUUGUUGGAUCGGGAGAAUCAUAGGGAUGUUAGUAUACCGGUUAUGGCGAGGGGUGGUGGGAGAGGUUGGUUUUUUUUCUUUUUGUGUGGUUUGUUUUCUUUUUUUGGGGGAGGGAGUGAGGAGGGAAUGAGGAUGUGGUAAAUGGGACGAGAGAAUAUAUUAUAUAUUUGCAAUUGCUAACUGAAUCGCAUAUAUAUAGUAACUCAAGGUAAACUAACCCCCGCCGUACGCAAAAUCCUCGCCUCUCAAAAAACUUUCGCAAAUCAUCUCUCCGACUACGAAGCUCUCGCCUCCCUCCCAUCUACCUCCACAUCCACAACUCAACAACCCGCAUCCCCUGCAGUAUCUACUCCCCAAGCAUCAACCCCAGGCCCCGGUCUAACCAGCACCGGUAAAAGAAGCCACAAAAGAAAAGAACCCCUCCCACCUGGCAUCGACCCCCCCAAGCGAAGCCACAAAAAAAAAGAUCCAAACGCACCAGCCAUCUCAACCCCCUUGAGAAAAUCCUCCACUCCAUCCCUCAAACCCGAGCUCCCUCCUAUAUCUACCCCCAUCCUCACACCCUUCAUCACUACCCUCGCAUCGCCUAAACCGCAUCCGAGAGAUACUGACCCGUUGCUCAUUUCUCGCGUGCCUAAUCUCCCAAGUCAGGAGGAAAUGGAAAGAUUAUUGGCGGUGCCGCCGUUGAGUUAUAAUGAGGCGAGGGGCGGUUGUACGGAUGAGGAUAGACGGAAACCCGGGAGGCUCUUUUGUGAGGUUUGUGGAUAUUGGGGUAGAGUGAAGUGUUUGAGGUGUGCGGGGAGGGUGUGUGCGUUGGAGUGUUUGGAGGUGCAUAAGGAGGAGUGUUUUGCUAGGUAUGGGGCUUGAGAGAGGAAGGAGAGGAGGAAGGGGAGGGGGAAUGGGAAGAGAAGGGGAGAAGGGUUAUUGGUUUUGGUUUUGUGUACUUUUUAUGGAUACCCGGAAUGGAAAAUGCGCGGAGUUGUAUUAUGUUAUAUUACAUUAUGAGAGGGGAACGGAAGGAAAAAGGAAUCAAAGGAAAAGCAUGAUAUGCAAAAAUAUAAGGGUUUGCUACCUAAUAGUAAUACUACAUACAAAAAUCUCAAAUGUCUCAGCCUAUGAGCCUGCAGAAGAAUCAAUCACUACCCAUGUAACCUUACCUAGCUAGGUAGGUAGAUAGAUGUGGAUUCUCUUUUUCGACUUCGAGUUUGGACUUGGUAUGUAUAUAUGUAUACUAGAUAGGUA